AUGCAUUCUCUGAACGUGACUCUAUACGAUUCGCAGAAAGAUUUCAUAGAAAAGGCUCAAAGAACGAUCGAAAACAACCAAGUAGCAAUAUUCUCUUCGCCUACGGGUACCGGAAAAACACUAAGUCUUCUUCUAUCGAUAGUGCCGUAUAUCGAGAAACAUGUCAUCAGCGAUUUUUCUGGUGUGAGUAGUGCUAACAGGGCGUUGAUAAAUGAACUAAAUUUCAACGACACACCGAUCUAUUACUGUUCACGGACACAUUCACAGCUGAACCAGGCAAUCAACGAACUUAAAAAGCUGAAAAUCGCCUGUAACGCGGUUGUUCUCGGCUCGAGAAUGCUUUACUGUAAGCACACGAGUGUGAAUUCCUUAGAUAACUUGGAAAUGAUGAAUGAACGAUGCAAGGAACUUCGAGAAAAGGAUAAAUGCGAAUACUUUCUGAAUUUGAACGGUGAUCUUGAUACCAUACGAUCUGAACUUGAUGGUUACAUCCUGUCCAAUGGUGCUACACAAACCACAUCGAACAAAGAAAGUUAUCUCAAAACUGGAACUCUUAGCAAAGCGAUGCUUAAAUUAGAGAAUAAAGCUGGUUUUUCGUCAAAAAAACUUGGAAACGAAAUAAACGCUUCUGGUCUCUUCAGCAAACAGACUGUUCCCGUAAAUGGGCUUGGAUCCGAGACUAAUGGUCGGUACAGCGCAUUCACAAAUAACAACAAGGACAGCACAAGUAUGUACAAAGCAGCCACGCAUUCUGGUGCUAUUUCAUUUGUGAAUGAAGGAAUAUACGAUAUUGAAGAUUUAAAAAGCAGUAGUUGUAAUUUUUGUCCAUACUACAAGUCGAAAGAGCUGUCCAAGUCAGCCUCUAUCAAAUUCCUCCCGUACCAAAUGCUGUUCAGUAAAGAUGCACGGGAUAGCUUCAAAUUGCAAAUCAAAGACUCGAUUAUCAUCAUUGAUGAGGCUCAUAACAUUUAUGAAAGCGUAAUACAAAUGAAUAGUGUGUCAGUAAGCUAUCACCUCAUAAAAAAGUACAUAAAAGCGUUCUCGAAGUAUAGAGCGAGAUUUUCACAAAAGUGUGAUGCAACACAAGUUCCUUCGCUUGAUAAUUGCCGUGCCAAUGGAUUCACUCAGGGUAAGGUGAUUGCUGAUGCAUUUCUAGAUAUCCUAGGACACCUGGACAAUUUCUGUGAAUGUAAUAAAAACCAGGCGCUCACAGAAGAAAAGUGCCUGAGAGUAAACGAUUUUUUGGUCAAAAGUCAUCUUCAAAACUACAACAUGUUCAGACUCAAGGAGUAUAUGAGAAGUACAAGCUUGACACAAAAACUCGAAGGAUAUGAAAAAGAUCUACACUUUGGACUUUAUACAAUUGUUAACUUUCUAGUGUUGUUGACGAACAGCGACAGUAAUGGAUUGAUUCUGUACGAUAUGAGCAAAAUUCGGUUCACGCCCUUAGAUCCCAAACUUUAUUUUGAGGAUGUUCUAGAAUGCAAAUCGCUCAUACUGGCAGGCGGAACUAUGGAACCAUUAAAUAAUUUGCUUUGCAUUUUGAAGAAUGCGAGUGUGUUUUCAUAUGGGAGCAUUUGCAAGAACUUUGCGGCGUAUCUUUUGGCAGACGGGCCGUCGGGAAAAAAACUGCGGCUGACCUAUGAGCACAGGGAAAACAGCCAAACGUUAAAUGAACUGUUCAACACAAUCAAUAAUCUCAUCAAUAACGCUCGUAGUGCGCUACAAAAACGGAGUACUUAUGGUGGAAUUAUUUGUUUCCUUCCAUCCAAAAAUUUUUUGAAAAUAGUGAGAGAAAGGUUCGAUUCCAAGUGCAACAGUGACGUUUCGUAUGUAUUUGAGGACCUGAAACAGUUUACUAAGGAAUGCAGCACCAAAACUACAGUGCUAUUUGCAGUUAUGGGAGGGCGAUUAAGUGAAGGCAUCAACUUCAGCGACCAUUUUUGUAGAUUAUUGAUCAUUGUUGGCAUUCCUUUUCCAUCGAUGAAUGUUGAAAUCAAGGAAAGGAUAAAAUUUCAUGGAAGAGAUUAUACAACCAUCAUAGCACUUAAGACGGUAAAUCAAGCACUCGGAAGAGCGCUGAGACACAAACAUGAUCAUUCCGGUAUCGUGUUGAUCGAUGAAAGAUACGACAAACUGCAAUAUUUGCUCUCUCCGUGGAUAAGGGAAAAGAUUAGAAAAGUAAAGUUUGGUGAGCUGUUUAAGGAGCUCCAUUUUUUUCUUAGAACGUGCCAAUAG